GCUCCAGCCGUCAGUUCCUACGCUAGUUUGCGGUGGGGAGAAUUAUGAUCCACCAAUGAUAAUACUUUCCAUUUUCCAUUUUCCAUUCAACAUUCAAUAACCUUACAUGCGGCCGCAUGCAUGAUACAUUGGUACCAGAAUGCAAGCACUUCAAAUAAGAAUGACUUUUUCUAAAAGUACAUUCUCACGCCGCAAAUUUGAGCCUCGUCGAUGGUCUUGAACCUAGUCCCCCAUACUUCAAGCUCAUCAUGACCAAACUUAAUACUUACACCAACCCUAUUCUCCCCGGAAGCCAUCCCGACCCCUCCAUCAUCCGCUCCGGCGAUAACUACUUCCUCAUCACAUCUUCCUUCGAAUACUUUCCUGGGAUACCCAUAUAUCACAGCACUGAUCUGAUAUCGUGGAGACUCAUAUCUCAUGCCUUGACCCGUCGUUCCCAGCUUGAUAUUCGGACUCCCGAACCAGGAGGUGGAAUAUGGGCUCCGACUAUCCGGGAGCAUGGUGGCUGGUUCUAUAUCACAGCUGCGUGCUUUGAUAGGUAUAGACCACAGGAAGAUCAGAGGGUUUGGCCGAGAGGAUUUUAUGUUAAGUGUAAAGCGGAAGAUGUUUUCGGGGGCGAGUGGAGUGAACCAGUUUGGUUUGAUGAAGUAGGAUUUGAUCAAGAUCUGUUUUUUGACGACGACGGAAAAGUCUACUUAUCAACCACUAGACGCAAGCAUGAGCGUACAAUUGAAAAGCCUCUCAAAGAUUUUGCCAUCCACAUCACCACUAUUGAUAUUUCCACUGGGGUGUCUACAUCUCCUCCCCAAGUAAUUCGCUCCUCUCCAUCGGGUAUUGCAGAAGGAUCUCAUCUUUUCAAGCGUGGGAAGUUCUACUAUCUAUUUACUGCUGAAGGUGGCACCGAAUCGGGACAUUGUGAAUGGGUAUCGCGAUCAUCAACUGGACCCUUCGGACCAUGGGAAAUCAUCGAUGCUCCAUUAUGGAAAAUCGGUACUGUAGGUGACGAAGUGGUUAAUACAGGCCAUAUUGAUAUUGUUGAAGACCAAGAAGGAAAUUGGUGGGCAGUCAUGCUUGCAUGUCGGCCUAUAGUACUAGCUGACGGAGUCAAAUCUUCUGUUUUUGGAAGGGAGACCUUUCUCGUACCUAUGACGUGGGAGAAUGACUGGCCAGUUGUAAACGAAGGCAAGAAAAUAACUCUUCAAGGGAAGGGUCCUGGACUAUAUCAAACACAACAACCCACCAAGUCGCGUGAUGACUUUACGAGUCCAGAGUUGCAACUUGGUUGGUAUCGAAAGAAUACUCCCCAAAAACAAGACUUCGAAAUAACUUCCAAUCCAUCUAGCUUACGUCUAUUCGGAAGUCCAUACACACUCGGUAGUCCAGCUUGCCCUACCGUGUUCUUCCGUAAACAAACAUCUCGCAUAGGGGUUUGGUCUACACGGCUCUCCUUCAAUCCCACUUCUACCCACAUGGAAGCAGGCACUGUAGUAUACUGGAACCAUUUAACUUACGCCCACAUCGGAAUCAAGGGCAGUCCCCAAGAAUCUUGCAGACAGGUAUUCAGUCAUAUCUUCAUCAACGGUCAGGCCAAGAGACAUAACAUCGACGACCUAAAAACCAAAGGCGACGUAACACUAUACAUCUGGUGUACAAACGAAGGAUACAAAUUAGGCUUCAAACCAAGCGAUGAACCCACCAUAAAAGCCAUAAAAUGGAUAGGCGAAACAAUAGUCGAGGAGAUAACGGCCGAUCCCCCCAUCGGUGCCGCGUUUACAGGAAUGAUGCUCGGAGUCUAUGCGACUGGGAAUGGGGAUUCGGGCACUGUACCUGCGGAUUUCAGCUUCGUGGAGUUUGACACUCUUUCGAAGCCCGAGUCUUCGAUUCCUGGGGAUCAAUGAGCUCUUGACUAUUUAAUUGCUGAUAAUUAAUGAUAUUAGAAUUAUAAUGCAGAAAUCAAGAUUAUCUCAAACAUAAACUGAAAUCCUCAACCGUUAGUAAAUUUUGAGAAUUUAGAUGAGAAUAAAUAAUCCA